GUGUAGAUCAGCUGCACGCGGAUCUCGUCCCAUCUCGCGAUAGUUCCUCACUCACGACUUCCGCCCCGACAGAGACGAAGGAGCAGAAGGGAUCAUCUUCGAGGGGGAAGAUGUCUCAGAGAACAACGGCUUCAUCUUCAACCCUCACUGCCGUUCAUUCAGAUUCACAUGAGCAGAGCAUCCUGAGCAAAUUCAACAACCUCAGGAAAAGGGACCUCCUGUGCGAUGUCACUUUAGUUGUGGGGGACGUGCACUUCAGGGCGCACAAAGCUCUGCUGGCAGCGAGCAGCGAGUACUUCUCCCUCAUGUUCACAUCAGGAGAUCACAUCAGCCGCUCGACCUUUGCACUGGGCGGGAUGGAAGCUGAGAUGUUCUCUGCGGUGCUGGAGUUCAUCUACAGUGCACGCGUGUCCCUGGAGGAGAGUUCCGCUGAGCAGCUCCUGGCCACGGCUCAUCUCAUGGAGGUCGGCGACCUUGUCAGAGCGCUCGCUGAACUCACACGCUCUGCAGCAGGGGUUAGAGGUGACAAAGCCAAGGUGCCCGAUCUGUCCAAACGCAAAAGAGGACGGCCAAAGAAAAAUGAGGACGUGUCAGUGAAGAAGCUGGAGGAGAGAAGUGGACCGUGCAAGGGCUCAGAGGAGCGUCGGGCUGGAGAUGUGGACUUGCUACCUGAAGGCGAUUCCGAUUAUAACCCACCAGGGCCCCAGAGCCGACAGAGCAAACGCAAAAUCAGGCCUCCAAUCAAGUACAAGAGUUACAAAGGCGACCAGGACACAGCAGUGAACAAAGAGCCUAAGAAAAGAGGGAGGAAAAGAAAAUAUCCAAACACGGAGGCUCGAUGUGAGGACUGUGACAAAGUGUUUAAAAACCACCUCUUCCUCAAAAUUCAUCAAAGAACUCACACAGGAGAGAAGCCUUUCCGGUGCCAGGUCUGUGGGAAUAGUUUCACCCAGAAGCACACGCUGCUCGUUCACCAGCGCAUCCACACCGGAGAGAAGCCGUUCGUUUGUACCAUCUGCUCCAAGACUCUGUGCACCAAACACACCCUGCGAGAGCACAUGAACCUCCACAAAGAGGAGAAGUCCUUCAACUGUGAUAAAUGUGGAAAGACUUUCACUCAGAAGAGGCAACUUAAAAGUCAUUACAGAGUUCAUACAGGUAAAUCGUUGCCGGAAUGUGCUCAGUGUCAUCACAAGUUUUUGGACACGGCUCAGCUGAAAAAACACCUGAGAACUCACACAGGGGAGAAGCCUUUCACAUGUGAGAUUUGUGGGAAGUGUUUUACAACCAAGAGCACACUGCAGACUCACAUCCGCAUCCACAGAGGUGAGAAACCAUACGAGUGCCCCAUCUGCAACAAGUCCUUCUCAGACCCCAGUGCGAGAAGACGACACGUCACCUCUCACUCCGGAAAGAAACCUUUCACCUGCUCAUCCUGCAACCUGUCCUUUACCCGUCUGGACAAUCUGAAAACUCACACCAAGACCCACAGGAAGGAGCGAGCGGCGUCCACUGAGUCCUCGUCAGACACGGCAGCAGAAGCAUCGGCAGCACCUCAGGAGGAGGUUCGCAACAUCCUGCAGCUUCAGCAGUACCAGCUCCCCUCCGGCUCCGAGCAGGAGAUCCAGCUGGUGGUGACCGGAGAUAUGAAUAACAUAAACUUUGUGCCGGGUCAGGAGCAGGAGAUCAGCAUCAUCACCACAGAAGGGGAGACGGCAGAAUCAUCCGACUCUCGACUCACCCUCCUCACCCAGCCGUCGGGACACAUGCAGAACGUGGCGCUGGUCUCUCAGGGCGCCAUGGUGGACCACGGCCCUCAGAUUCAGACCGUCAGCAUGCUGGAGGGACAGAUGACGCACCAGUCGGAGCAGAUGCAUGUCAUCACUCUGAGUAAAGAGGCGAUGGAGCAGUUGCAGUCCCACCAUGGCCCCCCGCAGCCCCUUCAGCUCGCACAGCGCCCCGUCCCGCAGCUGCAGGUGAUGCAGCAGCCGCUCCAGCAGCUGGGCAGGGAGCAGCACAGUCAGGCCAUUCACAUCAGCAGCCAGAGCAGCCAGCCCAUCUCCAUCAGCCAGACCAGCGAGCAGAUCUCCAGCCACCACAUCCAGGGACAAACCUUUCAGAUCCAGGCAGGAACCGUCUCCUACCUGUACACCACCGGGCUCCCGCAGGAGGGCUGAGAGCGGCCCGGCUGACGGAGGACGUGAAUGUGACGCUGAUGAAUCUAAACUGAAACAUGCUGCUACAGUACACCAGUGUAACAGACUGGUUUGACUGCUUUUCCCACUGUAGAGCAAUGGAUUUACAAUCAUAUGUUGUGAGAGCAAAAUUAAAUACUAUGCAACUCUGGAAAUUAUUUUUGAGGCUGAUAUUGAUAUUUGAGAAUAACAAAAGUCAAAUUAUGACAAAGUGGAAAACAUUUAUUCGUCUUUAGUUCACAUGCAGUUUAAUGAUCACACACACACAUAUCAAUUUAUUUUAAUUUAUUUCACAAUUUACAAUCAGCUCAAAUUUACUUGGAACAAACAGUUUCAUGUCAGACUUGUGCAGUUUAAAACAGCGGUGGAUUAUAUUGUAAAAUGCGAUGGAUAAUAAGAGAUGAUAAGAUAAUAAGAUGAAAACGGUUUACAUCUUGGCUUUUUGAAAUAGAGUUUAUUGGACUUUGUUCAGACAAACAAUAAAUCAGCAGCAUUCUGCAUAUUAGACAGCUGGAAAAACUCGCUCAACAACUCCAUGGCUUCUUGAAAUUACCCCGGGGGGGAAUGUUCUGCGUCUCACAGCUCUGGUAGUAACGUGUCUGCAGUCAGGACGCGCAGGCGAGACGGAUCCUGGAAGAGAAAGAAAAACACUGCCGGUGUUUAUCCAAAGACAAUGUUACGGAACCUAAAUAGGACAUCGACAGUUUGUUGCAUGUAUUUCUCUGUUAUUAUGCAACUAUCCCAAGUCCCUGGAGAAAACUUCACAUUACAAAUCUUCGACACUUCCUGGUUCUGUCAACAAACUCUGUAUUUAUAUCUGUAGAAACAAUAGAGGAGCUGAAAACCAGUUUCUGUUAUGUCAACUUCACAUUCAGCUUCUUCGUUCACUUCUCAACAGAACACGUGGGAGUUUAAACUUCAGUUGAACUCGCUUGUUUUCUCUCUGUGUGACGCUGCCGUGCUGCUGGAGUCUCACUCACUGCUGUGGCUCUGUCUAUUCUUGUGUUCGACCGACUCCUGGCUGUGUCCGCUCUCUGGUGUCUGGUGGCAGAGUCCUGAAGCGCGGCAGGGUUGGCGAAGCUGCCGAGCUGCAGGGCCGACUGCUGCCGACUGACCCUGUGCAGACCUGAGAGAGACACGGAGCAGAGGCUGAACUCUCACACUGCAGGAGGAAAUAUGUGCAAUAAUAGAUUUUCAGAUCUCAUCAUGACAAGUUACGAGCGUCUGGAUCAUCUCAUUUUGCUUCUGAUCCGCAUGAGCAGCUUGUAUAUUAUAUUCUAUGUGGAAAAAAAGUCUCUCCAGUACUCUGAGAUGGAAGUGUUAUUGCUCUGUGCUGGUUUCAGUACCUGCUGAGGGACCUCUAGAGCUCAAUCUGCUGACUGACAGCGUGAAGCACGUCCUGCUUUGCCCUGUGACAGACACGGAGAGAAUUGGGAAUUACCUGAAGCAAAUGGAGAAACUUGUAAGACAGGAGAAACCGUCCAGGGUGUAGAGACCAAAGUUUGUACCUGCUGUAGAGGUGCGCCUGGAGAAAGCCGCCCCCAUGUCGUUCACCUGGUGUUUCAGCUUCUCCACCUGCUGAAAAGCUUCUUGUUUGAUGCAGCGCUCCUGGUGAAGCUGCUCCUUCACCUACACACACAUAUUUUUAUUACUUGACCUUUAAAUUUUUGUUUCUUCAUCAUGAACUAUUAUUAAAUUGAUUGACAUGAAAUUUGA